CUAUUGCCCCUACUCUCUCUCUCUCUCUCUCUCUCUCUCUCUUAAAACUUGAACAAACAGUAGUAGAGAUAUUCCAUCUCCUUUCCCUUUUCUCUCUUCGUGGGUGUUUCCAAGAUCUGAUUUUUACUCAAUUUCUCUCUCUAAAAAUUGUAUCUUUAGCAUAGUUAUUAACAGUUUCCAAUCUUGGCAUUGUUGUAUGUGCAUUUCUAGAUCAUUGACAACUGUUGUUUGUUUGUUGAACUUUUUUUUAUUUAGUGGAGUACUUUCAUUUACAGCUAUAUCCCAAAUUUGUUGUCAUAUAGUGCCACCCACAAUUUCCUUUUUUUUUUUUUAAAACUCAUAUUGGAUCUUGAAAAUCUGAACAAGGUUUUCUCAUAUUUGUGCUGACUGUUCCUGAGAUUUGGAGUUGUUUUUGGGGUUUUGACUGCAAGAUUGUUGGUGGGUGUUGUUUGAAUCUGAUCAUUUCUGUGGAUACUAUUGGGUUUCUAGGUAUACUUUUUGAUCCAUAGGUGGAAGUCAACUUGGUUGAGUUACUUUUUGGAUAAGAUUCUUGCCUUUUUUGCUUAUUGCUAGCUGUGGUUUGUGGUUUUGAUGCUUGCCACCUGAAGUAUGCAGCCUGAUCAGCGAAAAAAAGGGUCUGGAGAUGUAGAUUUCUUUACUGAAUAUGGUGAAGGGAGCCGAUACAAGAUAGAGGAAGUGAUUGGCAAAGGUAGCUAUGGUGUAGUAUGCUCUGCAUAUGAUACCCAUCUAGGGGAAAAAGUUGCAAUCAAGAAGAUAAACGACAUCUUUGAACAUGUCUCUGAUGCCACACGUAUCCUUCGUGAGAUCAAGCUUCUUAGGCUUCUUCGGCAUCCAGAUAUAGUGGAAAUCAAGCACAUAUUGUUACCUCCUUCUAGGAGGGAAUUCAAGGACAUCUAUGUUGUCUUUGAACUCAUGGAAUCUGAUUUGCAUCAAGUCAUUAAAGCAAAUGAUGAUCUGACGCCGGAACAUUAUCAAUUUUUCCUUUAUCAGCUUCUUCGAGGGCUAAAAUAUAUACACACAGCCAAUGUCUUUCACCGUGACCUGAAACCCAAAAAUAUAUUAGCAAAUGCCGACUGCAAGCUUAAGAUCUGUGACUUUGGUCUUGCAAGAGUGGCCUUCAAUGAUACUCCAACAGCUAUAUUUUGGACUGAUUAUGUUGCCACGAGGUGGUAUAGGGCUCCCGAAUUGUGUGGAUCAUUUUUCUCUAAGUAUACACCAGCAAUUGAUAUAUGGAGCAUUGGAUGCAUAUUUGCAGAACUAUUAACUGGGAAGCCUCUCUUUCCGGGUAAAAAUGUGGUGCACCAAUUAGACUUGAUGACCGAUCUGUUGGGCACACCAUCUCCAGAAUCCAUUGCCAGGAUAAGAAAUGAAAAGGCUCGGAGGUAUUUGAGCAGUAUGCGUAAGAAAAAGCCUGUACCUUUCUCCCAUAAAUUUCCACAUGCAGAUCCCCUUGCUCUUCGUUUGCUAGAAAGGAUGCUUGCUUUUGAUCCUAAGGAUCGUCCUAAUGCAGAAGAGGCUCUUGCAGAUCCAUAUUUCAGGAAUCUGGCCAAAGUGGAAAGAGAACCUUCUGCUCAACCAGUUACAAAAAUGGAGUUUGAAUUUGAAAGGCGAAGGAUAACAAAGGAGGACGUGAGGGAGCUGAUAUACAGAGAAAUUCUUGAAUACCACCCAAAAAUGUUGAAGGAGUUCUUAGAGGGGCAAGAACCGACAGGUUUCAUGUACCCAAGUGCCGUUGACAAAUUCAAGAAACAGUUUGCAUAUCUUGAAGAGCAUUAUGGCAAAGGAGGGGCUGCUGCUCCGCCUGAGAGGCAGCACUCAUCAUCCCUACCUAGAUACAGGGCUUGUGUAUUAUAUUCAGACAAUUCAGUGCAAAAUUCCGUUGAAGUUGCAAAUGAUCUUUCUAAGUGCUCUAUCAACGAAAGUGAGAAACCAAAUGUGGACCGGAGUUCAGUGAUCCCCAUGACAAGGCUGCCUCUCCAAGUUCCUCAGAAUGUUCAAGCAGGUGGUGCUGCAAGACCUGGGAGGGUGGUCAGUUCAGUGUUGCGCUACAACAACUGUGGAGCAGCAGCGACAGCAGCAGAAGUCAUUGAACAGCGAAGAAUUGCAAGGAACCCUGGCGGUCCAACUCAAUAUCCCAUUUCCAAUACUUCAUACCCUAGAAGGCAUCCCAGCUGUAAAAAUGAAAGGGGUGAAGAUAGUACUGAAGUUUCAAACGGGGUGCAGCCAAAACCUGAACAGUACAUAGCAAGAAAAGUAGCUGCAGCGCCAGGUGGACCUGGUAAUCAAUGGUAUUAAAUUUGGGAUAUCUGAUCAGCCAUGUUACACUCAACUUUCCACUUUCCUAAGGAUGGUUCUCAUAAAACACCACCAUAUGCAAGCUAAUUUGACUGUCAGCCAUAAUUUUCUCAAACAAGGCCAAGUUCAGGAUUGCUUGGUAAUUGACACGGGCACUUGAAGAAUCCCAGUGUGAUUUUGGUUGAUUGGUGCAGACAUCUAUGUACAACUCGUUACUUAUAUUUGUCCUCUGAAGUUUAAAAGAUUCGGCAUGGAUUCUCCUCCAUUGGUAACUCUUGUUCUGUGAUCUCGAUAGAAAUGGAAGCAGUGAUAAAGAUGGAUGUUGGUAGCUGAUGACACGAACUACUACUGAUAUCAGUUUCCUCUACAUGUUUCUUUGUUCGUUUCCCUUCUCCCUUCAUUCUUUGCAGAAAAACUGUAGAGACGCUUUAUACUUAUGUUAUGACUAAGACAUUGAUGAUCUUAACGUGUAACCUGUAACAUUCUUUAUUAAAUAAGGACUUCUAUGUUUUUGAUCUU